AUGAGGAACAUCACGACUUUGCCUCUACGAUUCACAGCAUCCUGCUUGCUUCUACUCGCUGCAUACGCUUCGUUCGUGAACGCCUCAUCUGGAGACUCUGCAGAGGAGUUCAGAAGCUGCGUCUCGUUGUGCCAUUCUCGGACAUGCCAGGGUAGUCUUCCGGCCGCAACAUUACCUCUCGCGUUGCAACUCACCGGCUGGACGUGCACCGACGACUGCAAGUAUGAAUGUAUGCACCUCAUCACGGAUCGAGCCAUCGAGCACCACUGGCCUGUGCAGCAGUACUACGGCAAAUGGCCGUUUUGGCGGUUCGCCGGCAUGCAAGAGCCUGCCUCAGUACUCUUCUCUGUCUUGAACUUUGCGGCACACGCCGCGGGCGUGCGCAAACUCCGUGCCAAGGUCCCGGACGGACAUCCCAUGAAGAGAUACUACCUGCUCUUCGCCUUCGUCAGUAUGAAUGCAUGGGUAUGGUCUUCUGUCUUCCACACUCGAGAUCUACCCACCACGGAGAAGCUUGAUUACUUCUCCGCCGCCCUAGCCAUCCUAUACGCAGUGUAUUACACCGUCCUACGGGUGUUCCACCUCUACCCCAUGGAGCGUCACUCCCUCACAAAUAACCCGUCGCCCGCCACGUCCACUGUUCGUGUCGCAUGGACGCUUGCGUGCUCUUGGGCGUUUCUCGGCCAUAUCUCCUACCUCACCUUCCUUCCACGCUUCGACUACAGUUAUAACAUGAUCUUCAACCUCACCAUUGGCAUGGCACACAACAUACUCUGGCUGUGCUACUCAUUACCAUCCCGCGUCUCCUUCCUCCGCCGCUUCCCCGGGCGACCAAAAUCGUAUCGGCCUGCCUUCGCUACGAUGCCAGCGCUGUUCGCCCUGCUUACCACCGCCGCCACGGCGCUGGAGCUCUUCGACUUCCCGCCGUGGGGAAGGGUCAUCGACGCCCACUCGCUGUGGCAUCUCGCGACCGUCCCUAUUGCAUUGUUCUGGUACGACUUCUUAGUCCAAGAUGCAUGCGACGAGGGCUGGAGACUAUCAAAGUUAUGA